UCCUGUUUGUAACUGAACAAAGUACACACAAAAGAUUUAAGAAACAGAAGAGAGAAAAAAACUGAGGCAAAGAUAAAGACAAGUUUUACUUUCACACUGCUUCUAAUAUAACAGAACAACAUCACUUAGAAACAAAAGUUUGUAAGAACGUUUUUAAUCCAUGCAUUAGCCUUAUGGCUACAUAAGGAUUUCUCUGAGAAAAGAAGUAUGUCAGGAAACUUUGAAUGCCAUGUGUAUGUCUGGGCAAUUCUAGCCUCCUUGGUGUUAGCUCUGGUUAUAUCGAUGAUCUUCAAUAUUUCCCACUAUGUGGAAAAAAAACGACAAGAUAAAAUAUGCAGAUACCCUGAUGACUACUUUCCAAGGGAGGAUGAGUAUUAUAUUGAAGACACACCAAUUUAUGGUAACUUAAAUAAUGUCGUCCCAGAACCAAUAGAUGAAAACUGCUAUGUACAGAUGAAAGGCCAACCAGUGAGAUCUGUGAAUGAACCACAAGAAGCCAGCCCACCUGCACAGGCAACCAAUGAAACACAGAUGUUUUACGCCUCACUAGAUCACAACUUUAAGGGGAAGCGCAGAAAGCCCAAGAAACAGGAUACUAAUUUGUCAGACCAGGAUGAAGAUGGGCAGUUACCUGGACUGCAUGCCAGCAUUUCCAAGACCACUCUGGUAGACAGUUUCCCACCUGAGAGCCAGGAAACAGAGGAAAACAUUCAUGAUGAUCCCAUUAGACUGUUUGGAUUGAUUCGCGGGAGGAAAGAGCCUGUAAACUAGCUAGCUGGACUAUGCUCUAAUUCAAUGAUUCAUCUCUUACUGAAGAAGCUUGUUAACCAAGAUCCCCAUAUGACACAGCAUGAUUUGGCAGGGUGACGAUCUGAUCAUUUGUUAGUGGGAUGAUAGUUUACCUCUUAUCCAGAGCUUAUGUUCUUGCAUAUUGGACGUAAUGUCAUGAAAUCUGUUAUUUGAAUUCGCUUUAAAAAUGUCUAAUAGUAAAAUAUAAAAUAAAAUCAAGUUUACAAAGUGAGCUUGAUGACAAUAUCACAAUUUGACCAACAAUACUUAAUAUCAGUGAAAUAAAACAAAAAAAAUGUUAAGCAUUUUUAGUGUGUGCUGGAACACAUUGAAAGAAAACUAAAAGUCAAUUUAAAAAAAAAUUCUCCUUUCUCACCAGUGUGAAACAUCCCAUAAUGUAAAGAAACCUCUGAUUGAAAAGGAUAGGACACAUUCAAAUAUAUUCAUAAAAGAAAUGGCAUUAUCUCCUUAAGAAGUGUUUUUCCCAAAUAGAAAUAUAUUUAUUAGUUUUAAAAAUUAUUAUAAAAUUAAUUCAAGCUCCUUAUAACAAUAAACAAGUAUGAAAGACAAUUUAGAAAUUCCACUAGCCAGAAGCAAUCACUAUGAGCAAUCUUCUAUAUAAGAGGCCUGACAAUUAAGUUUGUGAACUUGUUGUAACAAUGUUGCUAACCUUUUUUUAAUAUCAGAGGGAUUAU